AUGAAACGAAAGUUACACUCUGAAGCACUUCAACCGGCGGUGAAGAAGCAGCUCCGGUCAAAGCUACCACGCCGGCGGCGAUCACAUAUCUCUCCGAUUCUACAUUUCUCUAUUGCUGGUAAUUCAUCGCACUUGACCUGCGAAGUCUCACGCGAUUCGAGCAAAAGUUCCGUGAAUAAGGAAACGGCAGUGAAAAAGCGUGAAAUCGAAGGAGAUGAAUUUAGGAGAAUUACUAGAGCUUAUUACAGGAAGAACAUGCUUGAGAAUGAUCAGAAGAAAGAUGCUUAUCUGGAAUUAUCGGAGUGCUCUUGUGUUGAUUCGUGUUCUGAAAUUAUUGGAAAAAUCAUGAAAAAUGAAUAUCCAGUUGAUAUCUUAUCAAAACAGAAUAGAAAUAUAAAAGAUAUUGAAGGAACUGAGGAUUCUGAUGCAAUUUCGCAAUUUCUGAAAACUUCUGCUGAUUUUUGCGGUAAAAGCUCUAAAAAUGCUGCGAAAAUCAACGAUGAAGAUGUUGCUUCGUUCAAUUCCGUGUUACAAUCGCCUGCUGAGUCUGAUUAUGGAAAAUCAUCAGUUCAAACAAUCAAAUGUAGUGAAAACAGAACAGCGGAAGAUGUUGUUUCAUUCAAUUCUGUGCUUCAAUCGCCUUCUGAGUCGAAAUGUGCAAAUUCAUCAGUUCAAACAAUCAAAUGUAGUGAAAACAGAGCAGCGGAAGAUGUUGUUUCAUUCAAUUCUGUGCUUCAAUCUCCUUCUGAGUCGAAAUAUGCAAAUUCAUUAGUUCAAACAAUCAAAUGUAGUCAAAACAGAGCAGCGGAAGAUGUUUUUUCGAUCAAUUCUGUGCUACAAUCGCCGUCGGAGUCGAAAUGUGCAAAUUCAUCAGUUCAAACAAUCAAAUGUAGUGAGAACAGAGCAGCGGAAGAUGUUGUUUCAUUCAAUUCUGUGCUACAAUCGCCUUCUGAGUCGAAAUGUGCAAAUUCAUCAGUUCAAACAAUCAAAUGUAGAGAAAACAGAGCAGCGGAAUUUGAAGAAGUAGAGCUAUCUGCUGAAGAACAAGCACGUGAGAAGCUCGUUGAAGCAGAAUUUGAUCUAGAAUGUUCUGAAAAUUUCUCAAUGACUGAUAUUUCUGAUGACUAUUCAUCAGCUUACUCAGAACUCCAGUCGGAGAUUUUCCCUGAGAGUUCCGAUAUAGAUCUCUCCGAUUAUAGUCUAUGGUACGACGACUCUGGAAGCCAAUUUUCUGAGAAAUCGAACGCAGAUGCUACUCCGUCACAUACUUUCACGUUGUUUCUUCAGUUCAGUCAACAUUUUUUCAGAUCAACCGUCGCUUUGCAGUCUCCUUCCAUAAACUCCUCUGACGAUCACAUUUCUACUGAAUUCACCGAGGGAUGGGACGAAGAGGAUGAAGAGAGUUAUUUGAUGAUAAGGAAGCGAGAGAGGAGGCAAUUGUAUCUACACGAUUACGCCGAGGAGUACUGUUCUACAACGGACUACGGUGAAUUAAUCGUACAGCAGCGGUUGCACAUGGUUCAUUGGAUCCUUGCGCAAGCAACGAGGAAGGACCUUCAGAAGGAAACAAUGUUCUUAAGUGUCAAUCUCUUUGACAGACUCCUAAGCAAAGGGUACUUCAAAACCAAAAGAUGCCUUCAAAUUGCUGGCAUAGCCUGCCUUACUCUGGCAGUCAGGAUCGAAGAAAACCAGCCUUACAACAGCAUUCGCCAGAAGACAUUCGUUGUUGCAGACACUGCAUAUAGCUGUUGUGAAGUGGUGGCUAUGGAGUGGCUGGUGCAGGAGGUCCUCAACUUCCAGUGCUUUCUUCCCACAAUAUACAACUUCUUAUGGUUCUACCUUAAAGCUGCUAGAGCAGGCGAACGUGUGGAAAGGACUGCGAAAUACCUGGCAGUACUAGCUUUGCUCAGUCAUGAUCACUUGUGCUACAGACCAUCAACUGUAGCUUCCUCACUGGUGUUUCUCGCUUCAUCAUCUGCAAAUCUUUAUGCCUCCUGCUAUUUGGUCACAAAGACUCAUGCCAAAAUGAAAGACGACGAUUUACCUGAAUGCAUAAAGAGCUUGGAAUGGUUGGUGAGGUACAUAUGAUACGAAGAUGGACCAGCAUCUCAGUCACAUAUUUUGGAGUAAAUCAGUAUAUCUUCUCAUUCUUUUGCUGAAACUUUUUCUACUCUCUUCUCAAAGUCGUGGCCAAUAACAACAGGAUAUUCUUUUGAAGUUUGAUCAAGUGAUGCUUACUUCAUCAUGUUGUCCUAGUAAAAAUACCAAAAGUACACUUUAUGUCUACUGUCCUUACCAGGAAACAAGCAAGUAGUUAGGGCUUAUAGUCAUUCUUGUACUCAGCAGCACCCUGUACCCCAAAGUAUUGAUAAACAAUGGUUUAGCUGAAAGAGAAUUUGUGAUCUAUGUUUCAACUCAAAUGUUGAAGGUAUCUGUAAGACUGAGUAUCAAAUGAGAAAGGGAGUUUGGCAAUGGCAAAGCCAACCGAUACCUUUAGGUAUGAGAUUUAAAUUGUAACUUCUGUACAUGAAAGCUAGUACUCAUUUUAGCAUUGGCCUAUGCCUCAACAGGUUAAUGCUCACUCUCCUGGUUUUAUUUUACAAUCCUAGCCAACUGUUUUAUAAUGCCUCAACAGGUUAAUUCUCACUCUCCUAGUUUUAUUCCGAAACACUGCCUUACAAGUUACAACCAUCACAGGUACAAGGACAGAGCACAAUCAGAACGAGUAAUUCAAGACAUAGUACUAAUUGUUGCUACAAACUUCAGCAGCAAGAUCAUCUAAAUAGGAACUAAAAUCAACCAUAAUACAAAUUGUUAACACUCCUUAAUUUUUCUAGUUUGAUCGAUGCGAACUUCUAGUGUUGGGAUAUCUCCAACAAUGCCAUGGAUUCUGAGACUUUUUCUUAAUUGGCUAUUGUUUCUGAGACUUUCUUGAUGGCCAUGGAUUCUUCUAGCAGAGAUCCCAGGCAAAGGGCCACAACAAUGCAAUUCAAUGAUUUCUAGUGUU